AUGCGCCGAGAUGCGUCACACUUUGGUUCAAGCUGGGAUCUCGGCGACAGUCUUAGCGACCGUCUUGGCGACCGCCUUGGCGACCGUCUUGGUCGCGUGAACACAUACGGACGGCGACGAAGACUCUACUGUCUCACGUCGCGAGGGGACGGUGACGGCCUCGCUCGAGCUGAGAACCUGGCGACGUAUGGCGAUGGCGACGAAUGGAGAAGAAUGCCGCAUAGCGACGGUUCUUUGGGCGGGACUCACGGCGCUUGGCGGCACUUGUCCCUGCCGUCACUUGGUCGGUUUUCCGUCGCUCUACCGUCAGCGACGAGGACUCUAUCGUCAGUGGCGUGUCUCACGACGCAAGCGGACGGCGAGGGCUGGCGUCACUUCGUCGUGCGGAUCUCUUCGCCAAACCUGAGCUAUCGUGAAGAGCUUAACUUCUUUUCGUGUGCUUCCGUCUUAGUGCAGCCAGGAGGAGCGGGAGGGGGAGCAAACGGCGCUGGCGGCGACGAGGGACUUCUUUUCUCGUGCCAGGAGGAGCGGGAGGGGGAGCAAACGGCGCUGGCGGCGACGAGGGACUUCUUUUCUCGUGGUAACCAGGAGGAGCGGGAGGGGGAGCAAACGGCGCUGGCGGCGACGAGGGACUUCUUUUCUCGUGUGCAGCCAGGAGGAGCAGGAGGGGGAGCAAACGGCGCUGGCGGCGACGAGGGACUUCUUUUCUCGUGCCAGGAGGAGCGGGAGGGGGAGCAAACGGCGCUGGCGGCGACGAGGGACUUCUUUUCUCGUGGUAACCAGGAGGAGCGGGAGGGGGAGCAAACGGCGCUGGCGGCGACGAGGGACUUCUUUUCUCGUGGUAACCAGGAGGAGCGGGAGGGGGAGCAAUCGGCGCUGGCGGCGACGAGGGACUUCUUUUCUCGUGGUAACCAGGAGGAGCGGGAGGGGGAGCAAACGGCGCUGGCGGCGACGAGGGACUUCUUUUCUCGUGUGCAGCCAGGAGGAGCGGGAGGGGGAGCAACGGCGCUGGCGGCGAGAAAGCUUGGGGAGGGGACUUCCUUUUCGUGCGCAGGCGAAGCGGGGAUGGGAGCUCGCGUCGCGUCGUGGGACGUUUCUUCGGGGAAGGCGUUACGCGCGCCCGGCGGGACAUCGGAACACGGCGGGGCAUCAGAGCACGGCGCACCGCGGCUCACGGUGUGUGAUGGCGCUUCUCUCUGCUGGGUGGUCUGUUCGUCCCGACGUCUCGCCACCUUUCCGCUCGUCGCCUUUUGCACUCCUCUCUCUGUCACCUUUCUCGCUUUUUGCGCGCUGUUUCGUUUUCAAAAUGACUAA